GAUAUACUUCGCUUGUGUGGGCGAAGGACCAACUUUGAGACCGCGAAAGGGAACGUUUAUAUUGUGGCAGUCUCAAGAACCUGUUCAUAUCUGAAUGCAAGUGUAUUCAUACUAUUUUCAUGCAUUCAUAAUGAGCUAAAAUAUCAAUAUUGAAAGAAACUUGUUGCGCCAAGUGCGACAGAACCGUAGAGCAGUUCUCUACGGCACACCCUUUGCUGGCUGUAUCAUGGCUUCUUUCAAGAAUCAGAGCUAUUAAAGGGCAUAUAUGUCAUCUCCAAACAAAGAUACACACAACAGUGCAAAUAGUAAACAGUUUCAAAAUGGAUGAAGAGUUUGAGAUCAUAGAUCUCCCAGAUGGAUAUCAUGUCUCCGACCUGAGCGCAGAUGAGCGCGCAAUCCAACCUCUAGUAGCGGCAAUGCAGCUGAUCGUCAGCCGAAACGAUAGAAAUAGAGGGGGACCCAUAUUCCAUGCGGAUCUUGGACUGUCGGAUCCAGCAGGCAGGGAUUUCGGGAUGAACAUCGUCUACGAAAUGUUUUCCCGCGGCUUACCCAAUAAACGUCGAAUGAUGUCUUGCGAAAUAUGCGAGAUAUUCAUCAGAGAUUUCGGUAAUCUUUGCUAUCUUUCCGAUGAUGGAACACUCGUGCCAUUCAUCUGGCCAGGCGAAGACAUCGUCCCGGAAUAUUACAGACAAGCAGUAGCCAAUGUGAGGAAGUUAUUUGUGGGGCGCCCACUCGGAGAAGAGUUUCGGAGUCACCUCGAGACUGUUCAACAAUGGUUAACGUACUACGCGCGCAAAUCUGGAAGUUUUGAUACUUACGACCACAUGGACGUUGGUAUUCUAGGCCAUGUUCGAGCUUAUCACGGACCAACGGAAUCGGAGCAUCUCGCUGAAGUUCUAGAGAGAAUACUAGCAGAUAAUGAUGAGGAGACAAUCUCUCGUACACACGCAAUGCUAAUGAACGAUUCGUUACCUCAUGUAAAGUUAUAUCAAUCAUGGAUUGCGUGGAUAAAGAACGUUGCCAUUGCUAUCAAAGUACGAGACGAUCUCAGACCCGAAGCUCGAAAGACUCUGAUUGCUAAGUACUCAUUUUUAGCAGUUGAAGGAUGUCUACCUUCAUUGUACAAUGGUGCAUUGGCAAAGUUAAUGUCUUUUGUUAGGACCGGCGAAAGUAUAACAUCCAUUCAGUUUAAGUGGAUGCAAAUAGUAAACCCUCAGAUUGGGGUACCGCCUAAGGACAAAGCUCAUACAACAUCAAGAUUGAUUUCAGACCUAGGUUAUAACACGACGUGUUUUUACCGGUUGUUUAUCAAAAUCUCUCAGAUUCCAACUUGUGCCUAUCUCUGGACCGAUUCCUCCAAGCCUUCAGCCAUACCAAGGCCUCUAUUUCAGCCACUCGAUUCGAAAAGACAAAGUGUCCCGGUAACUGCUCGGGAUGCUCUCGACAGGGCACCUAUCAAAAAGAUCUGUUUCCGCAAAUUCUGCCUAGAAGUUACUCCACAAGCAUCCUCACUCUCCAUUUAUAUUACGGAAGAAUCAAAAGAUGCCGAGAACUUCCACUUUCUCACGACAGGCGUAGAUGAUCCCAUCGGAAAAACUAAGCCCAUAUAUACGUUCCAAAAGCCAGGGGAACACACAGCAUCAUGGUUUAAAGCCUCACAUAUAACUUCUCCCGAAGAGGCAAAUUUAUGUGCCGGUUGGGUUAAAGUCAAAUGCAUCCUCUCAUUUCCCCACAUGUGGGAUUAUUUCCAAGCCCAUCAGAAGUCUACCAAUCACCAAUUCUUCAAUCCUAUGGCCCAUAGGGGAUUCGAGCAUAAGGAGUUAGGAAUGAAGUUUCUGCUCGUUCUAGAUGGAAUCAAUGACAAUCACGGAAAGGGUUCUGAUCUAUCGGCUGAACUGUUGAAUGAAGAAUUGAGGUGCUUCAGCAGGGAACAAUUAGAGUCUUACAGAGAUUCGAAAUCUAUACGAGGCUCUCAUAUCAAUGGACAUGUAGGUGGGGUUGCGAUUGAAUCUGAUCGAUUCAGGAAAGUGAUGCUAGGGGUAAGGAUGAAGAGUGGCGAGUUUGCGAGGUAUGAGGUUGUUAAGUACAAGUACUACGUCGAACAAAUUGGGGGACGUUGAUGUAGCACACAGCAAUUAACACGGGAGAGUAAAAAGACGUUGAGAGAUGGGAAUCGAGAGAGAACGAUAGACUUCACGCAAUCGGCUGAAAUAGACAAGCCAAGGGAUCCUACAUAACGUCUACAGAAUAUACCUUAAAUCAUAGUUUGUCUUUACAGUACCCACCUCGUGAUACCCAAACAUAAUUUAUGUUUUGUUGCAGAUCUCAUUUACAGACAGGGUCUAUUUAGGCUUCUUUCUUUUCUUCUUUUCUUCUUUUCUCUUUUCUUUUCUUUUUCUCGUUGGACUCACUCGGCGCCAAAGAACACAGCCGCACCCAGGAUUCGACGCCGCGGGGCCCCACAAAGUUGAUAGUACAAACAUACAACUUGAGUGUGCCUAACAUGCUUUUUUGUUGCAUGUCGCAAAUGCGGACCAUGUAAAUAAUCAUUUGGCUGUCUUGUUGUAGGGAGAGAAUAUGAGAGCUCCAAGACCUGCAGAUAUAUAUGUGGUUUUGCAUAAAUACAUCCUACAUUCUUUUCCUCAAGCGGAAAAUUUAUAAUAUAUUAAUAUCUUGGUAUCAAAUUAGAAUCAUCCCCAAAGAAGUAUACUUCA